UGCAAACCUUAGAAGACAGACAGGUAAGCAUACAAGGGAUGACCUGUCAGUUUCUGAUUGGUUAAUUAAUGACAGAGCAUUAGAGGAUGGGAAGCACGAAUGCGUGGAAUAGUUGAAUCCUUGAAGGUGAUGAUGAAAACAAGCAGAUCUGACUCAGGUCUUGUGAACACGAAGUAGGUCUUUUUAAAUUUUCAAAUGAAACUUGAAUCAUACCUCUCUCUCUCAGCCUCUCAUCUCAUCUCCUAAUAUAUAAAAGCUUCAUUUGUGUCAUUUCAUUUCUAUCUCUCUUCUCUCUAAUUCUUCUUCACCCUUGGCAUGGAAAAUCAGUUUCUCAAGAUGGAAACCUUCCUUCAAAGUGAAUUGCCAUUGUCUAUUAAUGGAAUGGGAUCAUCAAGCCUUUUUGCUGAUGUCAAUGUUUGGGGAUCAGCCGAUGAGCCUGUUUGUCGUGGUGGUGGUGGUGGCAGUAAUCUUAAAUCAUCGUCACCAUCCUCACCCGAUAGAUUGUUUUCGAGCCCAGAGUCAAAUUCUUCAGCAGAAGAUUUUGCAGCCACUUUGAGUACUAAUGUCAACCAUUCGCAUCCAUUCAUGGGUGGAUUGGAUAUUGUUGACUCAAAUGGAGCUUCUGGUUCAAAUCCAAAAGACACCUACAUUCCUGUAAACUUCUUGAAAUCUUUCCCCGAGCUGAGCUAUGCUCAAAUACCUGAACCAUCUUCACCCACUUCACCAUCAUCAACCGCGUCAAAAUACCCAAAGCUUGGUUUGUUUUUGCAGGAACCAGCCAUCUUGGACAUAUCAGCAAGAGCCACAAAAUCACUUGGGAAGAGCCAAAAUUGUGAGCCCAUGUCAUCUUCACCAAACCCCUCAUUUUCCAUGCCCCACCUUGGCAAUGAAUGGCUCAAGAUCAAUCACAACUUGUCAAAUUACACUUCAAAAGGGUUCAGUGACUACUGGCUGAGCACCACCAAGACUCAGCCCAUGAAGCACACUGGAAGAAAAUUGCUGCAGCCACAUCACUACCACCAAAAGGCAGGCCUGUCACCACCACCACCAUCAUCAUCAUCCCAAGGAAAGGUGUUUAGAGGGGUGAGACAAAGGCAUUGGGGAAAAUGGGUUGCUGAGAUUAGGCUACCAAGAAAUAGAACAAGGGUUUGGCUUGGGACUUUCGAAACUGCAGAGGAAGCUGCUUUUGCAUAUGACACAGCGGCGUACAUUUUAAGAGGAGACUAUGCACAUUUGAACUUUCCAGAGCUAAAAAAUCAACUCAAGGCCAAUUCUGCUAAUGGUGCAACCGCUGCGCUUCUUGAAGCCAAAUUACAAGCAAUAAAUGCUAAUAAGAAGGGCACAGAUCUUCAUCCACAACCAACAUCACCAAAUAAAGACUUGGUUGAGAGCUCAAGAGUAAUCAAAGGUUUAAAUCAGAACACAACAAGAAGAGAGUGGCAAUUUGAGUUGGAAAGUAAAGUUGGAUCUGAGAUUAUGAUUGAGAAUAGAAAGACUCAUCAAGAAGUGUUGUCAGAUGUUGAUGCUGUUCAACUAAGUAGAAUGCCUUCCUUGGACAUGGACAUGAUCUGGGAUGCACUUCUAGUAUCUGAUUCAUGAUCAUAUAUAUUCAUACAUAGAUCUUCAUGUGGGUAUGAUUACUCCGAUCUUUAUGGCACAAAAUCAAGCUAAAUGUUUAAAUUUCUUAGUUUGUUCUUUCUCUAAUAAUGACCAUAGUUUAGAACUCUUGCAAUCUUUUAAUUCAUAAUAUAUUUUUUUUUAUCACCGAUUUCAUAAUGAUAUUUGAUUAAAUGAAGUGUUUCAUGCCAA